AUGGCAACUUCACUUCUAGGGGAAGAACCGAGGUUGGGAUCGACUCCUCUGGCCAUGCUUGCUGCUACCUGUAAUAAGAUCGGCAGCCCCAGCCCGUCUCCCUCCUCCCUCUCCGACAGCUCUUCUUCCUUCGGUAAAGGCUUCCACCCCUGGAAACGUUCCUCGUCGUCCUCCUCUGGCAGCUGCAACGUAGUGGGUUCCAGUCUCUCAAGCUUCGGCGUGUCGGGGGCCUCCAGGAACGGCGGCUCGUCCUCGGCGGCCGCGGCGGCCGCGGCGGCUGCGGCGGCCGCCGCAGCCCUGGUGUCCGACUCGUUCAGCUGCGGCGGCUCGCCGGGCUCCAGCGCCUUCUCCCUGACCUCCAGCAGCGCCGCCGCCGCCGCCGCGGCCGCCGCCGCCGCCGCCUCCAGCUCGCCCUUCGCAAACGACUACUCGGUGUUCCAGGCCCCUGGCGUAUCGGGGGGCAGCGGCGGCGGCGGCGGCGGCGGCGGCGGCGGCUCUUCGGCGCACUCGCAGGACGGCUCCCACCAGCCGGUGUUCAUCUCCAAGGUGCACACCUCGGUGGACGGGCUGCAGGGCAUCUACCCGCGCGUGGGCAUGGCGCACCCGUACGAGUCGUGGUUCAAGCCCUCGCACCCGGGCCUGGGCGCCGCCGGCGACGUGGGCUCGGCCGGCGCCUCCAGCUGGUGGGACGUGGGCGCCGGCUGGAUCGACGUGCAGAACCCGAACGGCGCGGCCGCGCUGCCCGGCUCGCUGCACCCUGCCGCCGGGGGGCUCCAGACCUCGCUGCACUCGCCGCUCGGAGGUUACAACUCGGAUUACUCGGGCCUGAGCCACUCAGCCUUCAGCAGCGGCGCCUCCUCGCACCUGCUCAGCCCCGCUGGGCAGCACCUGAUGGACGGCUUCAAGCCGGUGCUGCCCGGCUCCUACCCGGACUCGGCCCCGUCGCCGCUGGCCGGCGCUGGGGGCUCCAUGCUGAGCGCGGGGCCGUCGGCGCCGCUGGGGGGCUCCCCGCGCUCCUCCGCCCGCCGCUACUCGGGCCGCGCCACCUGCGACUGCCCCAACUGCCAGGAGGCGGAGCGCCUGGGCCCGGCCGGGGCGAGCCUGCGGCGCAAGGGCCUGCACAGCUGCCACAUCCCGGGCUGCGGCAAGGUGUACGGCAAGACAUCGCACCUCAAGGCGCACCUGCGCUGGCACACGGGCGAGCGGCCCUUCGUGUGCAACUGGCUCUUCUGCGGCAAGCGCUUCACGCGCUCCGACGAGCUGCAGCGGCACCUGCGGACCCACACGGGCGAGAAGCGUUUCGCCUGCCCCGUCUGCAACAAGCGCUUCAUGCGCAGCGACCAUCUCAGCAAGCAUGUGAAGACACACAGCGGCGGCGGCGGCAGCUCAGCGGGCUCGGGCAGCGGCGGCAAGAAGGGCAGCGACACCGACAGCGAGCACAGCGCCGCCGGCAGCCCGCCCUGCCACUCCCCUGAGCUUCUGCAGCCCCCGGAGCCCGGGCACCGCAACGGCCUCGAGUGAUGCGCACCCCGCGCCUGCCCCCUCCCCGACCCCUCGCGCCCCUGUCUGUCCUGGCCUCCGCUCCAGCCUCUCCACUGCACCCUGCUCGCGCUGUCGUCUCUUUCUGUCUCUGUCCCUCUCUUUUAACUCCCUUUGUGACAUAACUUUGUAAAGGGGGUAUGGACAUGUAACACGCAUUGCUCUCCUGGGUCCUGGCUUUCCCUCUCCACCCGGUAACACUGUCGGAGUCAGUGCAGCCAGAACCGGCGCCGCCCCGGGCCUGUAAUUCUCGUCCUUUCCCUUGGGUCCUCCCUCCGCCAUCUCUAGGUUGUGACGGGCAUAUCUUUUAGAGGGAAGCGGCCGCUGGAGGUAGAGCUGUUCGAGUCCAGUGCCUGGGAGACCGGAGGCCUCCGCACGGGCGGGAGCAACUCGGCUGAGCAAGGUUGAGCCGCGCCGUGGGAAGUGCGAGGCAGGAGGCCCGGGCAGGGGCAUCCCCACUGGGCAGCUGCGGACUUGGUUCCAGAACCGCAGUCUUGGGCGUCUGGGCUUCGGAGAGCCCUGCCCUGCCGCUGCGCGCGGCCGCUCGCCCUGUGCAGAGCCGUCGGAGCUCUCGGGGGAUGCCCCUGCGGCGGCGCCGAGACCCGGGGUUUGCAGAGUUUGGCUCUCCCAACGUCAGCUCUGCCUCUUUUUCUUUGUUCCCUGAGGUGGAACCGAUGCAAGUUUCAGCUAAGGGCAGUCUUGGCGAAUCGCUGCAGCAGCCUUCUUUCAUCUUUAUAACUUUUUUUUUUAACUAAAGAAAAAAGCUCGGCAUCCUUCCACAUGGUUUCCCUUCUAGAUAGUUUUUCCUCUAGCAGUGAGCAAGUCUUUCUCUAGAAACUGUGCUAAUAUUGAUCCCAAAGUUAUUUUGAUCGCAUUAACUUAACUUAUGGGGUGGGGGUGGGAGUGAGGGUAGGUGUCUUUUUCUUAUGCAAAAAUACCCCUUUCCGGUGAGACCAGAUUAACUAUCACCGUGUUUGUCCUUUUCUACCUCGUUUUCACCACUCCCGAGCAUAAUCUCCCAAUCAUUUUUUGCUAGUUCAGCCGUCAAUUUGUAUAGUACCCAUCUGUAAAUUCUCGCAAUUCAUUGAAGAUUCUUAGGGUUAAACUUUUUUUGUGUGUGAUUUAAACUUCUAAACAAAUGAAGAAGCUAUCGUUUAUUUCAGACGAGGCUGUAGUUUAAAUGCCAAAAGAGGGAAAAUAGGAAAAAAAAAAACACUUUGUAAAAUAUAUCUGAACCUAAUGGUUUGUACAACUGGAGAAUCGUUCUAGAUUAGUUACCAAUUAACUAUAACUCCACCAGUGUAUGGGUGUGAGGUGCAGUUGUCCAGGAGACGAUUUUGUAUAGUAUUUUUCUUGUACAUUACUUUCAGUAAAUAUUUGAAAAUAUAUUGAAGUAAACUUGAUUUUUUUUUUGAUCACAAGAAAAUAUUAAGAGUUAUUGUUGCAGUUCUGAUGAGCUGCAGGUUUUUUGAACUCACUUCUGGAGGUGCAGAGCCACAAACGCACUUUCGGGGCCUAGUUUUGCUCGAAUAUGAAUUUAGAUAGGUAUCAAACUGUAACUAAGACAAUAUUUGAUAAAUGUGGGAUGACAUUUAAUUUAAUGGAGCAUGUACUUAUUUGCAUUUGCUGGCAGUUCAGGCAUAGUUAAAGUGAGAGUUCUCCUAUAUUUCAUAAUAACUGGGUCUGCCAAAGCCCAUGUAUUAAAUAAAUUGUCCAAGUGAAACUCAACUAACUUCGGCCUUUGUGUAUUUCCUGAAGGUAAUAUUGUUAACUGUUAAUAAACACUCCUGACACUACAUUUAAACGUUUGCAGAUUCUGCAAACUAAUUGUUCAUUGUAAUGUUGAAAUAAUUUGGAUAUUUCACAUUGAAAUGAAAAGCCUUUCUCUGGAACAUUUUAGACUUGCAUUUUAAAUGCAUGAAAUGUAAUUGAUUUAUUUGUAAUAUUUUAAAUGGUAUUAAUAAACUCAGAUAAAAGACUAGGCCAGUUAAUUUGGGUUUUUUUUCCCCUUUUUAAACUAUGGACAUUUGCAUUUUAUCUUCAGUUAAAUGUCUAAUUUAAACAAAAUUUAACCCUGUUCUUGUGGUAAUAUUUAAAAUUGCCUUUAAGAUAUUACUUAGAUGGAAUCAUCUAUUUGGCGAAGCUAUGUUUUCUAUUUACCAAGAUAAAGAUUAUAGUGUCUAAGAAAUGUAAUUAAUUAUUUACCAGUAGAUUUAGCUCAAAGCAUCAGGAUUUACUGACCUCUUAAAAUUUGUUCUAAGUCACCGAACAAUUCAAAGAAACUUCCCUGUUCUGCUUCCUUCUCACUCUCUAGAAGGAGUCAGGUUGUUGGCCAUUGAUUGCAUUUGGUAUUUAAAAGGCCAAGCCUUACAUUGGAACAUCAAUACAUCUAAAAUAAAAACAUGGGUUUGGGGAUAACUUUUGUUGUUAGGAGGUGGAGGAGGUCAAGCUAACAAAAGCUUGUUUUUAGCAUUCCAUGUCUUAGCUAAAGAUUAUGUAGAGGUAAAUAUCAGUAGUAGAUUCCUGUUGAAAUGAGUUAUCUGUCCUUUUAAAGUUUCUAAACAGCCACCAAAGAAGAGGAAGGUUAAACCUUAAUCUAUUUACUAGGCUAUUGUUCAUAGGUGUCAAUGAUGCCAAUAAAAAAAUAUUGUCUUGUUAUGUCUAAGUGCAUUUAAGCAAUGAGUGUUCCUUGAGCCAUACUUUGAAACAUGAAAUACUUUAAAUGUUGAUUGCUGUUAUAUCAAACUAUUUCACUAUUAGAUUAAUAUUAUUAUUUUGGAUCAAAUUGAAUAAAAAGUUAGUGUGUUCAGAUUCUUAUAA